CCUUCUACUUCCUCCGUCCUACUAUAUUUGUCCACUUUUAUUUUUGCACACCAUCCAAUACACUUCUUUAAUCCAUUUUAUCUUGUAAUUUGUAUAUUAAAAAAUUAUAGAAAUUAUAUAUUAAUAAUCUAUAUGUUAAGACAAAUCAAACAAGAUCACGCAUGACUAUAUUUAGGCUUACACAUUGAGAGAAUUUGAUGAGUCAAAGUGCUUAGAUGAACAGUUCCAAAAGUCAAAAGUGGACGAAUAUAGCGGGACGGAGGGAGUACUUUUUUCCACUUUUCUCAAUUUCUUAACUCUAUGCUAUGGCUUAUAAGCCAAUAUACAACCAAACCCAAACAAAGACAUCCCAAACAAGAAAGCUAAGAGAGAAAAAAGAAAUGGCGCCCUCCACCACCGCCGCCACGCCGCCGGACGGGCUAAUCUACGACGUGAGGCUGACGUCGGUGGGGCCCGGGAACGUGACGGGGAAUGACGUGGUGUACGAGCCGAGCAACGCGGACCUGGCGGUGAAGCUGCACUACCUCAGGGGGGUGUACUACUUGGAGGGGGCGGCCUUCGAGGGGCUGACCGUGCUCAAGAUCAAGGAGCCGCUGUUCACGCUCCUCAACCAGUACUACGUCGUGUGCGGGCGGCUGCGGAGGGCGGAGCCGCCCUCCGGCCGCCCGUACAUCAAGUGCAACGACUGCGGCGUCAGGUUCAUUGAGGCCUGUUGCCGCAAGACUCUGGAAGAGUGGGGAGAGGUCAAGGACGCUGCCCUUGAGAAUCUCCUCACUCCUCGUGGAGUCAUUGGCCCUGAGCUCUUCUUCUCUCCCCCCGUUUGGAUUCAGCUAACAAAAUUUAAGUGUGGUGGAGUGUCAUUGGGCUUGUGUUGGGCCCAUAUUCUAGGGGAUGUAUCAUCCGCCGUAAAAUUCAUGAACAUGUUUGGGAAAGUCAUCGGCGGCCUCAAACUUGAACCGCCCGUUUCUGUGGCCCAUUCCCUCCACAAAGCAACGGCCCAUCAAGACUCUGCAAACGCAGUGGAAGGCCCACAAUCGAUCAAGAAAGUGAGCCCACCGGUUGGAGACCAUUGGAUCAUCGCCAACAAUUCCAGAAUGCAGUCUUUAUCAUUCUACGUGUCUCCAUCACAACUGGGCCACAUGAAGUCCAUUAUAGGAGGAGACUACGGCCCGUUUGAGUUGAUAUCGUCGAUCUUAUGGCGGGCCGUGGGCCGGCACAGAAAGGGGCCCGAGCCCAGAGUUGUAACGGUUUGCAGGAAAGGCCCAGAGACCCGGGAAGACAGUCACGUCAGCAACGGCCAACUGAUCAGCGCCGUGAGAGUCGGCGACGAUAUCUCCGCCGUCGGCGAAGCGGAUCUGUCGGAGUUGGCGCGGCUGGUGAAACACGGCGGCGGCGGGGAGGAGCUGAGGAAGAUCGACGAGGCGGUGGAGAGAGAGGGCGGAAACAUUGACGUCAUCCUCUACGGUGCGAAACUAACCCUGGUUAACAUGGAGGAUGUGGAAUUCUAUGAGUUCGAGUGGAGAGGACACAAGCCAAUCGGCGUGAGCUACCAGAUCGACGGCGUCGGGGAUGAGGGCUGCGUUCUUGUGCUCCCCGGGCCAUGCGGCGGCGGCGACGGAGAGGGAAGGGUUGUUACGGUGGUUUUGCCGGAGGAUGAGGUGGUGGAAUUGAAAUCAGAGCUCAGAAAAGAAUGGUCAAUUAUGAAUGAUUGAUUGAAUUCGAUGCUAAAAUGGAGUUUCUUCUAAUAGUGUGGCGCAUUGAAUUCUUGAAUUGUUCUUUCAAUAUCUCACGAACUAUGCUUUGUUUUUACUUCAAUUCAAUUAGAACAACUGAACAAGUGGUUGUUUAUUUGAAAAAUAAUUUUAUUCCUAACGUUUGUUUGUUGGAUGAAAUUAUGAUUAAUUUCUACUUACGAGUCUACGAGACUACGAGUCUACGACCAAGUAGGAAAGAGUUUUUGUUUAGAAAUCACCUCCAUGCCAAUCUAAUUCACUCUAAACUACGCAUCUAGCACUACUUAUUCUUUUUAACAAAUUUAGCACUUUUUUGUGUCAAUCCUUUACUAUCAUGUCCUUUAACCUUUUUUUGCUUUUUCUCAUUAAAAAAUUAAGCCCUAGCCGCACGUAAGUCUGUUCUCGCGCACGUACUCUUCAUCGGCGCAAGUUCUACUUUAGUCGCCCAUGAUCAUGCAUCCUCAGGCCUUCUCCCACGAUUCCUGCUCCGAUCAACAGCGGCAAUCAUCAGACGGGAAUCAUUAGUUGCUACUUACAAUGGCAUUGUGCACCCAAUAGGAGAUAAAUCUUCCUGG